AUGGAGGAAGUUUCUGGCCAAGCCUGUUCUGCUGAAGACCCAGAGUUGAAACUUCAGGAUUCACCCUGUGCAGAUACAGUGCCAGUAGCACAUGGAAAAGGAAAGCUGAAACCCAGGGUGUAUCCAUCACAAACUAGCUCCGGAAAGAAGUCCUGUCCUGUACAAGAAAUGGUUCCUGUUCAGAAGGCUAAUGCAAAUCAGGCUAAAACUAUGGGGGGCAGCAUCCCACAACCGCGGGCCAGCUCCAAGUCUUCCAACAGCAGGUCUUGCCAGACUCGAACCAGGAGCAUUCCUACAUCUGCGCUUGCAACCAAACUCCCUGUGCCUGUGCUAAGAUCCAUUCCCAAAACAAACAGUCCUGUCACUGAUUCAGGAAGCUUCUACAUGUCGGCAGACACUCCCUUCUGGUACCUUUCAGAGCAGCAGGUCACAAGUGACCAAGAAGGCAGUCUCCAGUUCUUCUCGAGGCCUGGGCACGUGGUUGCUGUUGAGGCUCCCCCGCCCAACUGGAUCGAUCAGAAAAAUAUUCCAGACUUGCAACAGUUCCAGACUGGGAAACGAAGCAUGAAAAUCCCUGAAGACUUGGAGGUGGUCAAGUUUGUGUUUCUGUCCAUUGUACAAUGA